GUGCGUCAGUGAGUUAGCAUCCUCCCAGUGUAAAAUGGCGGCGCCCUGUGGCAGCUCAGUGCAGCGUGUGGGUCGGGUGUUAGUGGAUCCAAGCCGGCCCUUGUCAGCCCGAUUCCGGGCAUUGUUUACACUUCGCAAUCUGGGGGGACCCGAGGCCGUGGAGUGGAUCGGACGCUGCUUUAGCGACGAGUCCGCGCUGCUGAAGCAUGAGCUGGCCUACUGCCUGGGGCAGAUGGGAGACCGGAGCGCGCUACCCGUGCUGAGCUCCGUGCUGCGGGACCGGGAGCAAGAGCCUAUGGUGCGGCAUGAGGCGGGGGAAGCUUUGGGAGCCAUUGGAGAUCCUGAAGUCCUAGAGUUACUAAAGGAAUACAGCCAUGAUCCUGUUAUAGAGGUAGCUGAAACAUGCCAGCUGGCCAUUCACAGGAUAGAGUGGCUUCAGCAGAACCCAGAUGUUCCUGAUGAUAACCCCUACUUGUCUGUGGACCCUGCUCCCCCUGCUGAGGAAAGAGACAUUCCGGCCCUGCGUGACAUCCUUUUAAAUAAUAAGUUGCCACUCUUUGAACGAUAUCGUGCCAUGUUUGCACUUCGCAAUAUUGGAGGGACAGAGGCUGUUCUGGCCCUGACAGAUGGUUUACAGUGUGGUGGCGCUCUAUUUCGCCAUGAGAUUGGCUAUGUCUUGGGUCAGAUGCAACAUGAAGCAGCAGUCCCAGGGCUUGCCGCAGCAUUGGAUCGAUUAGAGGAGAAUCCGAUGGUGCGCCAUGAGUGUGCUGAAGCUUUGGGGUCUAUUGCACAGGACGAUUGCUUGAAAGCACUUAAGGCGCACAUGGAAGAUCGUGAGCAAGUGGUGAGGGAGAGCUGUGAGGUAGCUUUGGACAUGUACAACUAUGAAAACAGCAGUGACUUCCAAUAUGCAAAUGGUCUUAGCCAAAUCCAGGAACUGGCUUGAUUUGAUCAUGUGGGACGCUUUCCUUCUAUGUUUAGGAUUGUAAAAAUCUGCUUUUAAUAGUCUCAAAAGGGAUUUCUCAUAGGAUCAUUAAUUAUAUAGUAUUUUACUGGUUCACGCUUCCUGGUGCAGAACAGUUGAUGGUCUUUGUUUUUAUAGAUCUCUUAGGACAAAGGCUUAAUAUAUUUGGGCCUUAAAAAGUGAUGAAGUGGGGACUGAUAAAGAAUGAUAAAUUACCAGCCAACCAGCUCCUAACUGCCAUGUUACAGGCUGUGUUUGUAAAAUGACAGGAGCUGAUUGGCUGCUCCUUUAUCAUUCUUUAUCCGUCUCCACUUUCUCUUAUUGAAGAUUAAUACAUUUGGGCCAUAGUGACACAUCGCUGUUCUGCAGCAGCAACUAAAUUAUUUACAGUAUGACUGUUCAUAAAGAUGUGGUCUGCUGUUAUUCACAUGACAUUCAAUGACCAGUCCAUAUAUUGAGGCAGGAAAUACAAUUGUUAGGUGAAACGCCUUGGAUUUGUUGUUGCUCGAUGAUUUAGACUACUAUGCAUAAUCUUUUGUAAGUAGUCAAUCAAUUUGCAUUAUGAUUUUUGCAGCGAUAAAUACUUCCAUUUUUAUUGCGUGAAGACGCGGAAGGUCUUAAAAUAAUUUUCUAUCUAAAGCCAAGUAACUCUAAUUUGUAAGAAACCAUAUAGGAGUUGCAUAUUCCCAAUCUAUGCAACUGUGGGGGCUUUUUCUCUUGGAAAACUGGUUGGCAGCUGCAGUUAUAAACUUACAUUAGCUGCCAUAGGAAGUGUCACUCCUGCUCAGUUGGUGACUCUGUUCAGGUCUUAUUGCUGUGCAAGUGGCUUAAAUGUGAGAUGCUCAUUUUGCUCCCCAUUAUAAACUCAAAUCCAAAUUUAGGAUGCUUGAAAUCUGUUAACUUUGAGCAUUUAAACAAAAAAUCUAAAUGCUUGAAUUGUCAAUUGGCGUAAGAAUAGUAAAUGAGCUGAUUUGGUCAUCUUAAAUAACAUUAUGCCCUAAUCUCGCUACUGGAUCAAUCUAUGGACUAGUUUUAUCAAAACUUGGAGAGAGAUAAAGUACCAACCAAUCGGCUCCUAACUGUCAUUUUACAUGCUGUGUUUGAAAAAUUAUCGGUAGAAGCUGACAGGUUAGUAUUUGUUCUAAUCCUUGGAGAGUGAUAAAGUACCAGCCAACCAGCUCCUAGCAUUCAUGUUACAGGCUGUGUUUGAAAAAUUAUACGAGCUGAUUGUCUGGUACUUUUAUCUGCCUCAACUUGUCCCUCUCCAAGGCUUAGUACAGUGGUUUCCAAACUUUUUUGAAUCACGGCGCCCUAGAAUAUCAGAAUUUUUUUCACGGCACCCCUAGGCCAAAAAUUUCUUAUUGAGAAAUUUAGAAAGAAAUAUUACAUUAAAUAGAUCGCGUUUAUAUGUCAUCCUUAGGGUCAGUUGUGUGGUGAGGGACAAGAUUUCCUUCAGUUUGGCCACAUAUUUUAUAACUGGCAGCCACCAGCACUGGUUUUGCCUCUUAUAUUGACCAUGAAUAAUUUGAAUUGGUCCUGGACCACCAACCCAGGGCACCCCUGCAAGUGUCCCGAGGCACCCCAAGGAGCCACGGCACACAGUUUGGGAACCUCUGGCUUAGUACAUUGCCUUUUUAUCUCUCUCCAAUCUUUGAUAAAUAUUCCCCAAAAUAGGGCAUCGUUUACCUGUUCUUUUGUAGAUGCAGGUAACUGUCUGAAGCAGCCUUUGAAUGUGACUAACGUACUAGCUAGUAUGCUUACUCGUAGCAUAGACCACAUUCUGCCUUACACCACUGCACAUUGUUUUCAAAAAGUCACAGAUUUUUCUUUCACUUCUGUUUGGUUGCCUGUAUGACCAAAUUACUUUUCCCUUGUUUAAAUGUCGCAUGAUUCAUUUAAAUAAAAGUGUAUUAAUUUAAAGCUAACUGUGUUGGUUAAAUAACAGUGAAAAACAAAACUAAGCCAUGGGUAAGGGGUUGGUACUGUUUGUAGGACAUAAAAAAUACAAAGAAUGAAACAUCCUCAGAGGUACAUUGUAUUACUGAGAUGUUGUCAAUUGACAAAAAAUGAUUUUUCUUUUUUGAAACAAAACAAAUGUCUUACUGAUAAUGUUGAAAUGGAAUAUGUUUCUUUCUUGUACCUGUAAAAAAUAGCGGUGAAUAAAAAAUGGUUUGAAGGUAAUGGCCGGGAUAUAAUGGGAGCCGAUAACUGCAAAAUGUCAAAUGUCCACAAACAUCGGGCAUUUUGCAAAAUUGUCUAAUGUAUUAGGAUGACAAUACAGUCGCAACUAUACACAGAAUAUAGGCAUGCCACAUAUCAUUGAAUUCAGCUGGAUCUACUUGUGUGACUUAGUACACUCAUUUGUGUCCAAGACACAUUUUUGGGGGUUAAAUGUGCAAAAUGAUGAACCUUGCGUCUGUUUAGCCUGACUGCAGCAAAGAUUUACAGUAGGGGAGGACACCUUUAUACAUGUAUGUGUUAAAGGACAUUAUAUUAAGCCAUUAGGUCAAAUGUACUCACUCAAUCUUGUUUUACAUGUGCUACAAAACAUAAUUCCCUUAAUGUACCCCCUAAAUAGUGUAUUUGCCUAAACAAACAUACAAUGACUACCCAUUAAGGGUAAAUAAAGAUGUUACUUUCAAAUGAA